UGGCCCCAACCGGGCUGUCCCCGGUGCUGGGGUUCAAUCCUGCGCCACCCCGAGCCUCUCCUGGAGGCGGGAGUGGUGAAAUGGAGGACGCUGCGUGUGAUGCUCCUGGUUUUUGGGGUACGUCUCCCUGCACGGGGUCCUCUCCUGGGGUCCCCUUGGUUGGGGAAUGACGGGACAUCCCCAGCCGUGCCUCCUCCCAGCUCCCCUCCCUCUCCAUCCCUUCCUCCCCUGCAAUUUUCCGGCCUCCUCCAAGCAACGAGGACACAAAACAGCAGCCGGGACCUCGCCCGUGCUGUCAGCAAAUAACCGCGGCUCCCUGGGGCUGCCCGCGUGCGCUCUCGGCUCGGCCCACUUCCAUUUUACUCCUCGCCGGGCUUUUACGGGAAAAUCCUGCCCGGCUUCGAUCCGGCCUUGCCCUGCUCGGCCGCGUCCCGGGAGCCUUGGAUGCGGCCCCAGCUCGGCGGCGAGGAGGAGGCUUCAAAGCCCAGGAGCUGCUGGGGAAGGUGGAGGGGAAAGCGGCUUCAGAGCCAUGCGGCGGCGGGCGGAGAGGCUGCAAAGUCAUUUUGGGGGGGGGGGGGAAUAUCGGGGAGGAGAAGGUGGAAUCGGGCACAGAUGCGGGGUGAUAGCGCUGGGAUAGAUGCAGCAGGGAUCUGGGGAUGUCCCUGGUCCCUUGGCCACUAAGCACAGCGUCCCCUGGCCCUCGACAUCCCUGAGCAUCCCUGCCAGGGCGGGGAUGGUGGGUGCUGGAUGUGACCCAGGGCUAAUAAAACCCUCCAAGUGCAUCGGGCUGAAAGCAUCCCGUGGGAGGAGGAGGCUGCUUUCCUGCUCCUGGCCUGGAGGGAAGCCAGGGCACAGGCGUUACGGCCGGGACAAAACCCUUCCCCGCAGAGGAGGGGACGAAGUGGCACGGUGGUGAUGCGCCGCGGGGCUUCCCUGGAAAAUCGCGCUCCCGGGCGGGAUAAAGCAAUGGUUAAUUCGGGGCUUUUAUCCACAAACGUUUGCAGGCUAAAAAUAUCCCUCCUCCGGGCAGCACCAUUCCAGGAGAGCGUGUCUUGACGGCCCGACUCGUUGCCUUUUUUGACGGGCUCGUGGCUUUGGUCGAGCCGCGCUGGCCGGGCUCGCCGUGGGGCAGCCGUGGUGCCGCGAGGGGAAAGGCGCCGGCGAGGGCUGGGACGGGACCUGCCCCAUCGCCGCUCUUUUUUUUUUUGGGUAGGAAAAGCAGCGAAGGUCAAGGGGAGGACGGGGUUAAAGCCAUCUUCAUCCCGGAGCUCUUCCUCAGCCUCUUCGUCCACCUCUCGCCCCUCUGCCUCUGUCCUACCAGGGCUGGUGGCCCACGGGCAGCGCUGGUGGCCACGAUGUCCCGGCUGGAGAUGAGUUUCCUCCCAGCUCGCUGACGACAGAUGCCGCCGGGGGCCGGGCACGGCGGCGGCGGGGCGGGGGGGAUGAGGCCGAUGGCCCCUCGGCGGGGAUAAGGCAGCACCUCGGCGGGCUGCCCGGGUGCCCCCCGCGUGGGGUCUCCUGCCCCCACCCCGGGAGAGCCCCGGCCCGCCUGGAGCUGCCAUGGAGGGCGCCUCGGUGCUCAGCCCGUCCUCGUGGGAGAAGCGGCGCGCCUGGGUCAGGCAGAGCCGCUGCUGGCGGACCACGGUGGUGGAGGAGGAGGCGGCCGCUGCCAUGCAGGACGUCCCCGAGCUGCAGCCCCCCCACCUGGACGACGUCUUCCUUGAAGGAAGCUCCUCCAGCAAGAUAGAGACGUGGCUGCAGCACUGCGGGUCAUCUGUGGAGGUGCUGCCGGAGGAGCUGGGCUUGCUGGGACCCUACGGCUGCGGGAGCAGCGGCGCCAGCUUUGAGGACGAUCUGACGCUGGGAGCUGAAGCACCUCUCUGCUUCCCUUUUCCAGCUCUUCUGCUACCGGGGAAUGACAAAGCCACCGGCAGGGCUCUGCGGGGCAAGCAGCUCAACCUGGGGCACAGCAUGGCAUCCAGCGCCCUCUCCAGCGUCACCAACAAGACCAGCUCCAGCAUCUCCGAGGUGCUGGAGUGGUGGCAGGCGGACGCCGAGGAAAUCCUCUACAACCUGGGCUUCGUGCAGAGCGAGCCGGGCGCCGUGGCUCGCAUCCCCGCGCGCUUCUUCUCGGCGCCCUCGCAGGCCAAGGGCAUCGACUUCCAGCUCUUCCUGAAGGCCCAGGUGCGGCGCAUGGAGAUGGAGGACCCCUGCCUGAUGCUGGCCAGUCGCUUCCAGCAGGUCCAAGCUCUGGCCGCCACGGCCGACGCGUUCUUCUGCCUCUACUCCUACGUCUCCAAGACCCCCGUGCAGCGCAUCUCCCCCUUGCGCCUCGCCUGGGCCGACCCCGACGUCCCCGAUAUCCGCGUCUCCCCCGCCCAGCCCGCCGUCCUCUCGCCCGGGGACCGCCUGAAGAAGGCCGUGGCCAAAAUGUGCCUGUACACGGCCCCCCGCGCCGGGGACAGCCCGCGGGGGGCCGGCGCCCUGGGCAGGGUGGUGCAGGAGGUGCUGGAGCGGGCCAGGGAGGAGAGGUUUCGCUUCGACCCCCCCGAUGGCGAGGGUGGGGAAAGGGACAUUGGUGGAGUGCCCCUGGGAACGUCACCGCAUGGAGCCCCGGGGUCUCCGCCGGCACCCCCGUGGCCGGAGCGGGGUGUCCCCAAGUGUCACCGGCAGCCGGGGCUGCCCCCAAGGCUGUCCCCAGAGGGGAUGGACACUGCCGAGGAGCGUCCCCGUUGCCUGAGCCCUUCGGCAGGGGGUCUGCCGUGGGCUGGGGGUGCUCCGUGCCCCUUGGGGACAGGACAGGGGGGCACAGAAGACAGGCAGCUGUGGGCGGACGUCGCCUCGUCCCCAGCUCCGUGCGCCGCGGCCACCCAUGGCAGGUGGGUGUGCGCCACCCCCGAGCAGCCGGGAGCCGAGGGGGACUCCGGUUUUGGCUCCAGCCCCUGGGGGACCUCCCCCGGGAGGAAGGAAGGGGCCCAGCCCCCCGGCGAGCCCCUGGACUCCUGCGGGGCAUCGUCCCCCCACCAGCCAAGAGAUGGAGGCCAACGGGCCCGGCGGAGCAGGGGACGGCACCGGGAAGGUGACCCAAGGGACACCAGAUGGUGGCAGGGGGAUGCACCAGGGCUGCAGCCCCCCGGGAAGGCUCCGGCGGUGGGGGGGCUCUCCCCCCACCAUCCCAGCUGGGCAGAGACGCGCUGCGGGGAGGCCCCGGACUCCUUCGAGAUGGAAGAGGUGCCGAGCGCCGGUGAGGACGACGGCGAUGCCCACGAGGAAGCCGGCUGCUUCUUCCCUCCCUCCCUGCGGGUCCGGAGAAGCUUGAUGCUGCAGGGGGGCAGCGGCCACUCCGACAGCAGCGGCUUCGUGGAGGAGCCGCUGCCCGAGCAGAUGCCGUGAGACCCCCCGAGGGACCCCCCCUGCCCACCCCCACCGCGACGCCAGCACCGGCAGGGAGCCGCCGAUGGAUGCACGAGGGAUUCUGCCCCCCCCCCUGCGUUUCGGAUCCCGGAGCCCGUCCUCAGCCGAGGGCUGAGCACUGCGUGGACACGUCUGGGUGUGAGCGUGCGUGCACGUGUGUGCGUGUGUGUGUGUGUGCACCCCGUGGUUGUGCUGCACCAGGAACCUCUCGACUCAGGACUUUUACCCCCAACAGCACCAGCAUCCCCCCAAACCCUGCCCUGUUUUUACUGGGGCUUCACUAGCACUUUGGAAACGCUCUGCUCCCCGGGCGCGUGUAACACUAGGACGGGGGUUUGCCGGGGCAGAGCCCACAGCACACUGGAAAUAAAGUUCCCCAAGGGA